AUGGCACCUCUCCCACUACCAGGAUUCUCAUCACCCACCAAGUCAUGGCACUCUAAGCCAUAUCCAUUCAUCUCACCAACAAGACCGGAGCUCUCCGCUGCUGGCAAGAACGUUGUUAUCACUGGUGGAGGCACUGGAAUUGGUCAAGCUACUGGCAUUGCCUUUGCCCAAGCUGGCCCUAAAUCCGUCGCCAUUGUCGGUCGGAGACUUGAAUGUCUUGAAACUUCAGCAAAGGAUAUUCAAGCUGCCAACCCCUUGACCCAGGUCCUGUUCGAGACCGGAGAUGUCACUAAACUUGAGUCCAUAAGCACCGCGCUCAAUAACAUCGUUGACAAACUUGGCAAAAUUGACAUUUUCAUUGCCAACGCUGGAAUGUUACCAAAGGCUGGUCCAGUACACGGCUAUGAUGAAGCUCAGUUCCGUCAAGGUCUCGAGAUCAAUGUCAUUGGGGUCUUCAACUCUCUUCAAGCAUUCCUCCCCCUCGCAGCCCAAGGUGCAAAGGUCAUCUACGUCGGCUCUGGCAUAGGUCACUGGGCCCCAAUGGCAGAAGUCCCUGGCGUGUUCAGUUACGCCGCAGCCAAGGCAGCUGCUCUGAAGAUGGUUGACUACUUCGCGUUCGAGAACCCGCACAUCGAUAUCGUCAGCAUUCAACCUGGGAUCAUUGCAACAGGAAUCAAUCCCGAUUUGAGUGUUGGUUUCGAUACAGUGGAGUUGCCAGCUCAUUUUAUGGUAUGGCUUGCGUCAGAGGAAGCUGGGUUCUUGAAGGGCAAGUUCGUCUGGGCGAACUGGGACGCUCAAGAGCUUUUGGCGCGAGCAAAAGAGAUCGAGUCGACUAUGCGCUUCAGAGUCACUUUAAAUGGGGUUCAUAUGUAG